UAGAAGGAUUAUGGAAAAGGUUACUCCUUAAAAUGAGUCAUUUUAAAAGCAUGAACUCAUCAGCCACUGAAGUAGUUUCCAUUCAACCUGUAAAAUAUAUAAAGUGUGCCAUUCCAGAAAUGGAAAACAUAAUUAUUUACCACUGGAAAAGCUUUCUUAGAAUUUAAGAAGUGCCAAACCUCUAUGCAAGAGUUAAAUAAUUAAAAAAUGUGCAUCUCAUCAUAUAUUCUAUUUCUCUCCCUUCUCUCUCUUUUUUCUCAAGGUUUUCUACUCUCAAGGUCUCUGCAAGAAGCAGAAGAUGAAGAUAUGUUGCUAGCUGCAUUAAAUCUAGGAAAAAUUCUACAAAAUGGAGACAAAAGUACGAGUAGGGGAGCUAUACCUUUGCUGAAGCAUUACAAAACUGAAGACAGCAGCGUUUUCAAUGAUAAGAAUGCUGGAAACAUGAAGGUUUUGGACAGAGGUUCCAGACAUGAUUUCUUCAGUCAUGUUAAGCCAAUCAACUUAGGUAGAAAGCAACUACCUUAUCCUGCACUGAAGGGAGCCAUGGCUUUUCCAGCUGACACUGAAUUUCAAAAUAUUGAGUCAAUAGAAGAAAGAGAGACUACAGAUGAAGAAAACUCAUCUAAACUCCCUAUAGGAAGAAGAGAUUUUGACAUCCUCAGGUGUAUGCUGGGAAGAGUCUAUCGACCUUGUUGGCAAGUGUGAAAACCACUCAUCUCCACCACCUUCUCUGAAGAUUAAACAUUUUAUUUUGAAUUUAAUGACAUUUGAAGUUACUAAGUGUUAGUGCAACUGUACAUACAUAUCCAAAAAUAGUUUCCCAUUGCAUUGUAGAGGGAUACAUAAUUCAUUACCCAAAAUAACAGUGUAAUUAUUAACAAUGUACUGUUAUUCAAAAAUAAAAUACUUCAGCAUAA